GUGGGCGGCUGCGGCUGCUGGAAGCAGAGAGAGCGAGGCAGGGCCAGACGUGUCCCGCGGUGCGCGUGCGUCUGAGCAUCGCGUGGGUGUCCCCGCGGGGCCUAAACACCUGGGCACCAUGGACUGUUGCCGGGGGUCCCAGCCCCUUAGGAGGGACGAGCCCGUCGGCGGGCCAGGCGAGACGGGGCGGGGCCUGCAGUGAGGUCACCGGCAACGGGCGGCUCUGGCGCAGGGGCGGCGACGCGGCGUGGUCACUGCGGGGCGCACGGAGGGACGGGAGUGCUGUCAGACCCGAGUUGCAGGGGCUGGAGAGCGGCCGCGGGAAUACAGCACCUCCAGUUGACCAGGAGCUUCGGGAGGCCCGGGGGUUGUCCCACCCGCUCGCUGCCCUGCCCCAGCCCUGGCCUGAGUUGAAUCAAGGACCAACUGCUCUCCACAUCCCUGCUCCCACUGUGCCCUCUGGCCCCCGGCCAUGACGCCCCUGCUCGCCCUGUUCCUGGUGGCCCUGGUGGGCCUCCCUGUGGCCCCAGCUCUGGACUGCCACGUGUGCGCCUACAACGGGGAGAACUGCUUCAACCCCAUGCGCUGCCCGGCAAUGGUCUCCUACUGCAUGACGACGCGCACCUACUACACCCCGACCAGGAUGAAGGUGAGCAAGUCCUGCGUGCCCAGCUGCUUUGAGACCGUGUACGACGGCUACUCCAAGCACGCAUCCACUACUUCCUGCUGCCAGUAUGACCUCUGUAACAGUGCUGGCCUUGCCACCCCUGCGACUCUGGCCCUGGCCCUUAUACUCCUGGCCACCCUCUGGGGUCUGCUCUAAAGCCAGGGAGGGGAAAGCGCUGAGCAGCAUAGCCCCACCCUCUCCCCCUGUAUCCCCCACCCACCCUCUGCCCUCCCUGGACCCCCCAGCCACACCCAGGACUGUCUGCAAGAGGACUCUUGACCUCCCCCAGCCACCCUGAGGUCUGCUUCCCAUUGGUGAUCUGGUUUCCUAAAGGCUGAUGUGGGACUACACCUCCCCAGGCUUCUGGCUUUGACGAUGCAGAUAAGCCUCUCCUCAUCCAAGGACUGGGACGUGGGCACACUGUGCUGUUGGCCCAGGAACACUGAUUUGAAGGGGCCCUUUGGUCCCUCUGCCUUGUAGGUGUGCUGGAGGGGGAGGGACGAUUGGGACUGAGAGUGGGGGCUGGUUCCAGGAAGCAGGCUCUGUGGGGCUCCAGGAGGGCUGCCUGGGGCGGAGAGGGCUGGAGAUCUGAGGGAGGCAGGCCUGGGCCCCUGGGCUGCGCCCUCGUUCCAAGCAGCCCUGGCAGGGGGAGGGACUAGCUUGGCCUGAAGAGGCUCCCGAGGGCCCUCCCGAUCCAGCGCUGGGCCCCUGCGCAGGACGUGGGUCCAGAUAGAUCAGGCUAUAUUUGGUGGAGCUUGAGAGCUGAUCCCGGGGCUAUUUUUGGGCCAGGAGGGAAGGGUGCUGAGCCGCAGCCACCCGAAGCCUGGCCUCCUGCCCUAAGCAGGCCUGGCGGAGGGCGCCCUUUUACGGAGUGAACUCUUGCCGGGUGCCGGAAAGUUUUCGCCCAACCCUGUCGGACACGCGGGGGCGGGAGCGACGCCCUCUCGGGGAGGCUCGGCCCGCACAGGCCAGGGCGGGCUGGGCCAGCCGGAGAGGAGCGGAAGGCAGUCUUCGGGAGGCCCGGGAGGCCGAGGACGGGAGGAGGGAUCACAGCAGAAGGAUCGGGCUGUGCUCCCUCCGCGCGCAGCGGGCGUUUCCUCGCCCCUGGCCGCGGGCGAUCGCAACAGGGUCCUGACUGAAGGGGAGCAUGGCGCGCCGGCCUCGGUCCCGAAGGCCAUGCCAGCCGGCCCAGGGGUUUCGCGGCCCCUCGACUCUGACCCUGCCCGCGGGGCGGGCGAGAGCUCUGCACCGGCUGGAGCGCUUCUGCCUCAUCCCUAGGAGUGGCUCUCAGCUGCCCCCAGAUCACGCUGGGCCUCGAGAUCCCCAGGGGCCCAGAAAGACAGAGAGUCUCCUCGCACUCCUUAUGACCCACAGACUGUAGCCCCCCAGGCUCCUCUGUCCUUGGGAUUCUCCAGACCAAGAAUACUGGAGUGGGUUGCCAUGUCCUUCUCUAGGGGAUCCUCCUGACCCAGGGAUGGAACCUGGGUCUCCCUCAUUGCAGGCAGACUCUUUUACCUUUUGAGCCACCAGGAAAGCCCAGGGACCCAAGAAAGCUUAUCAUUUAAAGGGUACCCACCCCAGGUGAGCCCCACCCCUCCAGGUUGCAGAAGCCCGGGUCUGUCCACUGGGGGGGGGGGAGCCGAGGGGCAGGAGCACCUUCCAGCUGGCACAGCCCACACCCCACAACCCUUGGGGGUUGUCCCUGGAACUCAGAAGCUUUGGCUGCUAAGCAUGGCCCCUGUCAGGGGGACCUGUGCUGGAAAUUCUUCCCUGCAAGCUUCCCUCUGAGAGCCCCAGACGUCAGGAACCUGGACGCUCUGGAGAAGCCGGCGCAGAAGUCCUUAGCUGGGGCUGGGUUGGACUUCGCAGAGGGCCACGAAAGCAGAAGGACCGCACCCAAAGGAGCGGCGGGCAGGGGAGUGCUCAGCCCAGGGAGCGACCGGGUGCCCCGCCUAGUCUUUGUGAGCCCCUCCCUGGAGGAGGCUAGGAGGAAGCCUGACCACCCCACCCCCAGCUCCUCUUCCCAAAGCCCCCCAGGAGUGGGCCACUUCAGGGAGGAGACCAAACCCCCGGCUGCACGUGCAGGCUGAUAGCGGGGCGGGGGGGGGGGGGGCGCGGGGCGGGGGGGGGCAGCCACCGGGCAGACUGCUGUGCUAACUCAGCAUGAGAGGCCUGGGAACCUGGGUCACUGACUGCUUGUGCAAGCACUUUGUCCCGGGUCUAGUGGCUCCUCAGCUAGACAGGGUCCUCCCUCCCCCCGCCCGGUCCCAGCGAGGAUGUAGUGGAGCCCUGCCUGGCCCCGUGUGGGCUCUGGGGCCGCUGGGAGCCGGGAGCCAGUGGCGGCUGAGAGUGCUGUGUUGGGGGCUGGGGGGAGCAUCUUACUUCUGCCUCCUGCAUCCAUCUGUCCACGCUGACCUGGGCCCAUGCCAACGCCCAUAGCAUUGCGCCAGCGCCGAGGACCAGUCUGCCCACACCACCCCCACAGAUGGUUCUGCCUGGCUUGGGGAGAAACCCAGCACAGAGCCGCUGGAAGGUGUUCUGCUCCUGCCCAGGCCCGGCCCCUUGGUGGGAAGUACGUGGCUCUGCAAAGGCAGGAGCACCAGCGGGGUCCUUGGAAGUCAAACAGGUAAACUUGCCGGGACUGAAGGUUAGUAACUAACAGCUGCCAGUUUCCCUGCAGUUGUGGCUCUAAGCACUCCAGCACAGCCCUACACGUAGGAGCCGUCACCUGCCUCUUUCACAGAUGGGGAGACUGAGAUAGAGAGAUGAAGUGGCUGCCCCAGGUGGGCUGGACUUCCUGCCCCCCUCCACCGCACCCCCGGCCCACCCUGAUCCCCACGACCCCGCCCCACCAUGCAGUUGCCUCUCCCAUCAGCUGGGAGAGAAAGGGGAAGCUGGGAAGGUGGGUUAAUAAGUUUAAGAGGAUUUUAGCAUGUAAAGUAAUUAUAACAGCUUCAGAUCAAGAAAGCUUAGAAAGAGAACGUUGGAACGAGAUGUGAGAAACCUUAAACGCCACAGUCAAGGGGUUCAGCCCUGUGUGUGAGCGCUGGACCGGGGUGGAAAGCAAAGAGGAGGGCAGAGGGGAGCCCAGCACCGCAGGCUUGUCUGGCCCAGACCCCUUCCCUCUGUGUCAGGGCGGUGGGUCCCCAAAAGAAACGAGAGCCUCACGGGGCGGGCGGUGCGCGAGCUCAUCCUUGCAGCUCUUGGCGGCAUCUCAAGUCCGGAAGCAGCCUGCACGUCCCAGUAGCGGCUGCCUGAGCAGGUGAGGCCCUCUGUGGACCGCCCUCCCUGGGCUCCUGCGCCAUCCGUCCGUCUGGAGUCCAGCUGAGAAGCUGGUGCCAGAGCUCUGACCCAGAAACUGGACUGGUUCUGGCGCCAUCACGUAAGGAGGGCGUGGGUGCCCCUGUGGCUGGUGCCUGGGUGUGGACGACUCUCCAGAGGGGAAGUCGGACAGUUGCUUCUCCUCCUCCCUUUGUAGCGUGUGAUUUGUGGUGAGGAAAUGUGUCUCUUCAUGAUUCUAACCCUCUGAGAAAGGUGAAGAGAAACUGAAAGGCCUCUCUCCUUUCUAUCGCAGCCCCCCUGCCCCCACCAAAUUUGUUGGGUCCUGUCGCUCAGGCUGACCUGGAGCUGCUUGUUCACAUCUCCGAGCCUCAGUUGUUCUGUGGUUAAAAUGAGGAUGAUAGCGCCCACCAAACUGGGGCUUGGUGAGAGUGAAGGAGGCUGUGGCUGUAAGUGCCCACCCCGGGCUCGGCACACCGGAGGCCCCAGGGGGAUGAAUGGACGGACAGAUGAACGGAUGGUGCCUUUCCCCUUCAGUCCACUUGCUGAGGUCCAGGCACUUCCCCGGCCCACGCCCCAAGCCCUGCUGCUAUGGGGCAUGGAAUAGCCUUCAGGCUGUGGCCCCCCACUGUGUACUCCUCAAGCCAGUGAAUAAAUGGAUGAGUACGUGUA